GGGAAAUAAAAUGUUAGGACAAAAAACAAAAAAAUCUUUCAACGUAUGACACUUGCAAUGUGUCCUUUUUUUUUCCCCUCUCCAUCACUGCCUUUAAAAGAGAGAGCCCAUUUCACAAAUCUUGCAAGACACACUCUCCACUUAACUCCAACUGAUCAUCAAACAUCUUUUUACCUUAUUCUUCCCUCAUCUCCCCGAAAACUCACACUUUUUCCUCGUUCCAUCCAAUUCAACAACUGUUGUUACAAUGUCAGCACCUAAUAAACCUUCUCAUGAUAAACCCUUUGCUCUCUUUGAGCCCAUACUCACUGAGACAGGCUUCACAUUGCUCCAACGCAACACGGCGGCCGUGUUGCAGUCGACCGAGCGGAGGGGCCGCAAGAAGGCGGCCGAGCCGGGGAGGUUCCUUGGGGUCAGGCGGAGGCCGUGGGGCCGUUAUGCAGCGGAGAUAAGGGACCCCACCACCAAGGAGAGGCACUGGCUGGGGACAUUUGACACUGCCCAAGAAGCAGCAUUGGCCUAUGAUAGGGCAGCCCUUUCCAUCAAGGGCUCUCAAGCAAGGACUAACUUUAUUUACUCUGAUCAAACUACUUUCCACUCCCUUUUGAGCCCUUUUGAGUUUCAAAGCUUUUCUGCACAAACUAAACAGCAGCCUGCUGCCAAUAAUGUCACUGGUCACGCUUCCUGCAGUCAGCCUGCUGAGAAUGUAAUACCUCGGAACCAUGUCCAUGUGCAUUCGGAGAACGACACCUGUCAUUCCCAUGAAUCUUCCUAUGGUUCACCACCUAAUGAUGAUGAUAACUGCAGUUUCUUUAAUCUCUCCACAACUGACACAAAUUCUGGGUAUUUGGACUGCAUAGUUCCCAACAACUACUUGAACCCCUCCAGUUCUUACAAUAAUUCUAAGAAUGUUGAUGGGGGGCCGCAUAAGGCUUUUGGCUCAAACUUCAGUUUCUCAUCAGACAACAAUUAUCAGAAUAGCAAUGGACUUCAUGUUCUUGAUUCCAGCACAACAACAAUGGGAUGGAAUCUUGAAAACCCUGAAAAUUUUUCUUCUUAUGAUCAAGAACUUGGAUGUGGGUUCUGGGAGAGUAGUACUGAGCAGUCAUGGGAACUUUCAGCCAUGAUAAAUAACCCUUCAAUGGUUGAGAAUAAUACUCAAAGCUGUGAAAGUCAGAUGAUGGCUCCAGCCACUGCUGCUGCUAAUCCAGCAAGUUGCUCAUCUUUUUUUCCUUGUUUUGGGGAUGCAGUUGACCUGGGCCACUCUCUAUUUUGACUGAUGAUUUUAAGUUAUAAUAUCCCUGGAUUAAUUUAAAUAUAUAUAUAUAUAUAUUAAUUUCUUGAGUUAAAUGCAUGCCUUGUGUGUAUCUAUCUCCACGGACCUUUCUCUAUUUUUGUUUCUUCUGCUGCUGCUUUUCCUUUAUCUUUGUUCAUUUCUUUGGGCAGUUGAAUCUGGAUGACUAGCUAGGGGUUUCUUCAAUAUAUUAAUUACUUGUUGAGUUUGACAAUCAGGAUGGCAUUAAGACAGGACAUCUAAUAUGAUAAUCAUAUUUAGUACUUUGCUAGGGUCAAUGUCAUAUCACAAGAUUCAUGUGGUUCAAGAGUGGUACUAAAAGUAGGCUUAUUUGAAGGUUUAAUCAUGUCAUUUCACAUGAUGAGCUUGUAUGCAAACAACUAAAAUGCUUUACAAAGAUGAAAUAUGUAGUGAGAAAAAAAAGAUGGUUGUGUAAUGGACUAUUUGAAUACCAAGUAAUAUUAGAUCAAGAAAGAAUUUGUCUGGAAGAUAUAUACCUUAAAUAAUUCCAAUGAGAACUAGGCAAAGGUUAAGGGUGGGACAAGCUAAUUGAGUCUAAUUGUUCUAAUUAACUAGCAAGUUGUCCAUGUAACCAGAGCGUACUUGCCCCUAACAAAAAUAUGUAAAUUUCUGACUAAGAAUUUGCAUAUUCUGCAAGAAGCCAAUAAAUCCUUUUCCAACGUACUUCAGUGAUUGUAGCUUUUACAUAUACAACAUAAAGCCAAUGCUAUGUCUGGAUCAAGAAAUUUAGUUAGAAAAACAAAGGAAAAGGAAAAGUUGCAACAAAGUACAGAAUCAAUCAUUGAAACGAAGACAAUAUUUUCCUCAAAUUCAAAGUCCAGACAAUGCAUAACCCAUAGCCAUAUCCAUGUUCCUAGUAGCGUGCAAACCACAGCCAUCAGAUUACCGAAAGAUAUAUCCUCAAAAUUCAAGGUUUUAUCUAAAUUCUUUGAUGUGUUUGUGAUAAUCUAUGAAAAAGAAGCAUGCAAGCAAUUCAUAUUUCACAACAUAACUACAUAUCUUACAUACAAACGUAGCAUUAAAUUGCCUUGAAGUUCUAUGAGUUUAUCAUUGCCUCCAAAACAAAGCCCCAGGAAAAAAGAAGGGGAAUAAGAACACCGCUGUAUUCAUUCCCUUGUCAAGUUGGGAUGUUCUUCCCAAUGAAGGGAUGAAAGAGGUGUAAAGACAGUUAAAUCCAGAUGGAGAAUGGCCAGGACUUAUCUUUUUCGUUUCGAAAAAGAUACCAUAAAUAGACACAAGCAGCUCCAAAAUUUGAGCACUAACGAGGAGGUUGGUUUCCUUUCUUGUUAUUCGAAGACUAGCUGAAAAGCUAAAUGUGGUUUCCGAGAUGUUUUCAGGGGUAUGUAUGACUUAUUCAAAAUGGAAAUGGUGGCUACAUGACGAUAUUAUGACCAUGGAUGACAUAGCUAGAAUGUGCUAGAUCUGAUAGGACGAACAUUGUUGGUUGAGACCAGGCAUCCGACGGGGGAAUUGGACCAUAAACUUUUAAGUUUGCAUGGUGAAAUGGUCGACAGAGACAAUGUCAUGACUCUAUCCUUUCUAUUCAGCUUGAUGCGUGAACCUCACCUCCAC